UGCUUUAAAAAUGCGAGGAAAACCUUUAAGCGAGCGGCGUGCUGUGUUUGUUGUGAAUGUCGUAAUUUGGGUUCAGCGCGUUGGAGGCAGUUUGACGGCGCGGUAGCACCUCGCUGACUUCUCUGGAUGAAAGUUUCAUUCGUCUGGAAAUUGUUGAGGCUCGGUAUGUCGGAUGAAGAUUCCCGUGCCAGCACCAGCUCUUCCUCCUCGUCAUCCUCAACCUAUCAGCAGCAGCAGCAGCAGCAGCAGCAGCACGACUCAAACCUCUUGAAGAAACGAGAAAGCAAAGCCAGCAUGAGCAAGACCUCCAAACUCCUCUCUACUAGUGCUAAAAGAAUUCAGAAGGAACUGGCUGACAUUACGUUGGAUCCACCACCAAACUGCAGCGCCGGCCCUAAAGGAGACAACAUCUAUGAGUGGAGGUCGACCAUCCUGGGCCCUCCAGGCUCCGUGUACGAAGGAGGAGUGUUUUUCCUGGACAUCGCCUUCACGCCAGACUACCCCUUCAAACCACCCAAGGUGACGUUCCGUACGAGGAUCUACCACUGUAACAUCAACAGUCAGGGGGUGAUCUGUCUGGACAUCCUGAAGGACAACUGGAGUCCCGCUCUCACCAUCUCCAAGGUCCUGCUGUCCAUCUGCUCCCUGCUCACUGACUGCAACCCUGCCGACCCUCUGGUUGGAAGCAUCGCCACACAGUACACAACAAAUAGGCCUGAACACGACAGGAUAGCCAAACAGUGGACCAAACGCUACGCCACAUAAUCACCAGAGGAGCUGCUGCUGCUUAGAAGACUUGGGGAUGUGGGUGGGGGGGGUGACUCG